CUAAGCGACUGACGUUUGCCCGUUUUCUAUAAUUUUAUGUCUGUCGCAAUUUUUUGGGUGAAAGAAAAAGAUUAUUAUAUUUUGUUUGAAUAAAUUUCCAAAAGAAUAUCCAUAAGUAAAAGAAUUUUUUUGGGUAGAUAAUUGUGCAAAAUAAUUGUUUUUUUUUUUUACAAAACAUACAUCCAACCAAAAAAAGAAAAGAUAAAUAACAUUGGUAAAUACGAAAGACUGUGUUAAAAUUUCGUCUUUUUUUUUUCAAUGGCAAAUGAGAGCUAAAUUGUAUCUGGUUGAAACAUCAAUGUGAAUAAACUAACAUCUCCAGUGAACGCAACAACAAUAGCAACAGCAUUAUUUAAGUGUAUUCCGGAACAAACUGUCAAUCGGUCAAUAUUGGAAUGAACGAAUUUAUGUAUAAUUAUACCAUCAUUAGUUUCAAUAAUUGUUUUCAUUGAACGUUUAUUGAUAAAAUCUUAAAAGGCCGAAAUCGAAAUAAUAUUUUAUUGGCCCAAUUGGCUACCUGAAAAUUAACAUUCAACCAUUCCCGAGAAAAUGUUUUACGACAUUCAAAGAUUUGUCAUAAUCCUACCUUGAAAGUUUACAUACUACAGUGCACACAUGGGUCAUCACAAUUCAAAACAUAGCCAGCAGAUGCCUGAUGACCAACAGAUGACAAACAAAAUCGAAGAGCAUGGCAGAUCAUCAUCAACGGCAAGAGAUUUACAAGCAAAAAUUGGUAAAAAUAGACAAAAACCAGCAUCAGCAUCAUCAAAUGCAAAAAAGUUGAAAAAAGAGCAACAUCAACCGUCAACUAAAUCGUCGAUUACAAAUACGUCAUCGGGCAAUAAAGAACGCAACGCAGGUUCUGUUGUGAUUACGAUUCGUUUAUUAAAAAUGGAAUCAGCAAAAAAUGUUGAGACAAUCACUAUCGAUGACGAUGAUGAAUUUCAAACCGAUACAUUUUCAAAUAAAAAUUAUUCAUCAGAUGUAACGCAUACCCAGUGUGAAAGUGAUUUUCCGCGGCACUAUGUUAAUGUGCAAGAUGUAAAUCGUACACAGAAUCAAAAUGCUAGCUAUAAAUUGGACAAUAAUAAUGGAGUAUUGAAUAAAAGUGACAUUUAUGCACCAAUGUGUACUAAUAAUAUAAGAGAGAUUGAUGAUGGCAUUACAGUAAAUAAUUUUAUGAUUUGUGACAUUGGUAAUAGUGGUGAAAUGGAACAAAAUAUUUGUAGCACUAAGAAUCAACAUGUAAAUUGCGCUUUGCGUAGCGAAGCAAAAAUCUGUGAUAAAAAUUUAGCAAAUUAUACAUCACAAUCAAAACAACCAUCAAACAUGGUAAAUCCUUUGACGCAAACAUUCAACAAAAUUACAUUAACGGAUGCAACACAAUCGGAACAACAUUUGCCACAAACAAACAAUGCAAAUACAAUGAAUUUAAUUAAUACAGUAUCACCAUAUCCACAUCAUAUCCCAAUCGCCAACAUUCGAUCGGACUGCUUGAAUACAGCUAUUGAUGAACAUUUUCAGCAAGCAAAAAAUGGUGAAAGUUGCUGUGAAAAACACAAUCUAACCAGUAAAGACACCAAGGAGCUUAAGUCAAAAAAACCAAACUGGAGUAUUAAAUUGAAUUGUGCAAAACUGAAAGGAAUUAAAUCGUUAUCUUCAUCAUUCUCACAACAACCUUCAACAUCGCCUUCAUCAUCAUCAACAAUGGCCAAGAAUUCGGAUAACUCAACCACAGAAUCAAACAAUGUUGGCAAACAAACCACAACUUGUACAACUGUAUCGGGACAAUCGCCAACAACUUUAUUAAUAGACAAUUCAGCUUUGAUCGUUGUUACAAUGGAUCAACAAGAUCAGUGGUAUCCCGAUGCAACUGAUGAUUGUGAUAAAAAGGCACGUUUGCAACGUGCCCUUGAAAUUGCCGAAGGUGUCGAACCACCGCCUGGUUUUAUAUCAUCAAGUUCUGUAAAAUCAUUAAAUUCAAUGACAUCAUCAAAUCUACAAGUGAUCAACAACAUGAUUCCAGGUUGUCCAAACAAAGUUGCUUUAUCAAAUCCGUUUAUCGUUUGUUCAAAUUCCUCAACGCUGAAGUUUUUACUGCAGCAUGCAGACGAUGGCCCAAGAAUACAUUCACAGGCGGAUUAUAUUCAUUGUUUGGUGCCUGAUUUAAAGCAAAUUACCAAUUGCUCAUUCUAUUGGGGAAAAAUGGAUCGAUACGAGGCUGAGCGACUAUUAGAAAACAAACCGGAAGGUACAUUUUUGUUACGUGAUUCAGCACAAGAAGAAUUCCUAUUUUCAGUGUCGUUCCGGAAAUACGGUCGCUCGCUUCAUGCUCGCAUUGAACAAUAUAAUCACAAUUUUAGUUUUGAUUGUCACGAUCCAGGAGUGUAUACGUCAAAAACGGUGACGGGUCUAUUGGAACAUUAUAAAGAUCCAGCAUGUGUAAUGUUCUUUGAGCCGGCACUAACGCUACCUCUAAAUCGAAAUUUUGUGUUUUCAUUGCAACAAUUGUGUCGAGCCACUAUUGUCAGUCACACAACAUACGAUGGCAUCAAUGAAAUGUGCUUACCAAUUAAACUGGUAUCGUAUCUAAAAGAGUAUCAUUACAAGCAACUUGUUAAAGUCAAAAAAUUUGACGAAUCAAUCUACAGCACAACAUAAAUUCUUUUUUAUCAAAUUGAACAUCAUUUCGUGCCUCAUCCAACACCAAUUCCCAAUUCAACGAUCCCGCAAAAAAGAGAGAAAGACAUGCAUGAUGUACAUGUCACAUUCAUUCUUCUCUCACUCCACUAGAACAAACCCAAGCAAAAUGUUAAUAUUUUUAAUUUAACUAUUUAUUGUUUUAAAAAAAAAAUUAUUAUUAUUAUGGAAAAGUAGAGAAAAGAGAAAAGAAAUUUUUAUUAUCAAUGACUUUAGACAUAACAUAAAGCUAUAAUUGACAUCACAUACACAAAUAACGAAGCAAAUUCGAUUUUAAAAGAGCAUAUUAUUUUGGCAAAUACGGUAGAAAAAAAUUGUUUUUAAAAUUUCUAUGUAUAUAAAAUUUACAUUUACUUUAGUUAAAGAAAGCCAGUCAAAAAUGCUUAGAAAUGUUUGUGUAUUUUAGUGUUUGCAGCGAACAUGUUUGUAUGCAUAUUCAAUGGACUACGAACUUCUAAUUUUAAAUUUGACAAAUUUUGAUUUUAAUUUUGAACCAAUGAUAACUGAAUAUCACACACUACUCAAAACAAUGACAAAAAUCAGAGAAUAUGUGUACUCAAAUCAACGCAAGCACUAUAGAAAAAUUGAUUUUGUACAAAUUAACAACAAAAAAAGCAACUAUUAUGAAAUACAUAUAUAGAAUUUUGAAAAAUACA